UCAACAACUCACAUGUGGCCUAGAAGGCGCUGUUGCGGUGCUAGCAACAAGCGGGUAAUGUGGAGCUGACUCCCCUGCAAAAUCACCAUAUUAAUAAAGAUAUUGAACAGCUUCACGCAUUUUGAGAGAGCUGUACCUGAGCCGGCAUGCCUCCGAAGAAACCCGCCCAGCCCGGGGGAAAUAAAAAAACUCAGGAGAAGAAAAAGGAAAAGAUUAUUGAGGAUAAGACAUUUGGCUUAAAGAACAAAAAAGGGGCCAAGCAGCAGAAGUACAUCAAGAAUGUUACUCAGCAAGUCAAAUAUGGACAACAAAGUGCCAGACAGAUUGCCCAGGCUGAGGCAGAAAAGACCACCAAGAAGAAUGAUAAGAAGAAAGAGCUGGAUGAACUCAAUGAGCUUUUUAAACCCGUAGUUGUUGCUCAGAAAGUCAGCAAAGGUGUUGAUCCAAAAUCAGUGUUGUGUGCAUUCUUUAAGCAGGGUCAGUGUACUAAAGGAGACAAGUGCAAGUUCAGCCAUGAUCUAUCCAUGGAGAGGAAAUGUGAAAAGAGAAGCGUCUAUGUAGACGAAAGAGAUGAAGACCUGGAGAAAGACACUAUGGAGAACUGGGAUGAGAAGAAACUAGAGGAAGUCGUCAACAAAAAACACGGAGAAGCUGAGAAGAAGAAAGCCAAAACACAAAUCGUGUGUAAGUACUUCUUGGAGGCCAUAGAAAACAAUAAGUACGGCUGGUUCUGGGUGUGUCCCGCAGGGGGCGACAAUUGUAUGUACCGGCAUGCUCUGCCUCCCGGUUUUGUACUGAAAAAAGACAAGAAGAAGGAGGAGACAGAGGAAGAGAUCUCGUUGGAGGAACUUAUAGAGAGUGAGCGUGCAGCUCUGGGUCCAAAUGUCACUCGGAUAACUCUGGAGACUUUCCUGGCUUGGAAGAAAAGGAAAAGGCAGGAGAAGGUGGACAAAGCAAGGGAGGAAAUGGAGAAGAAGAAGGCUGACUUUAAGGCUGGCAAAUCUCUGGUGGUGAGCGGCCGUGAGGUGUUCGAAUUCCGCCCAGAGCUGGUUGAUGAUGACGAUGAUGAAGCUGACGACACUAGAUAUGCCGACGAAGAAGAAGAGGAGGAGGAAGAGAUUGAUACUACAGACAUCCAGGACAUAGACUUAUCUCGCUUUGUUCCACAAGAGGUCGACAACACAGGUAUUACUGUAGCAUCCAUGGACCGGUUCACCUCUAGGAAUAAGACAGAGACGACGGAAUCAGACGACGAGGAACAGCUGAACGGAGCUUGUGGUGGCGCCGAGGCCAACGGGCUCUCAGAGGAAGAGGGCGGAGGGGAUGAUGGAGGAGGGGAGGAUGAAGAGGAAGAGGAAGUACCGGUAGAUGAAAACCUGUUCACGGGAGAAGAUCUGGAGGAGCUCGAUGAAGAACUCAACACACUGGCGCUGGAAGACUGAUGAGGAGGGAGCAGGAGGUAGAAGUCAGAUGGACUAAGUGGCAAAGGGAUGGACUGAUGGAUGCAUGGAGCUAAACAUCAAAGAGACCAGACGUUUGAAUGAUUUUAAGUUUCAGAGACUCCAGUAAUAAAGCCUGAUUAUAUCUUGACAUCACUGCCUGUCUCUGCCCUCUGUUUUCACCGUACAUCAUUCUGUCCUCUGGGUGUCCAAAUUUCCACGGCAGGGCCAACUCCACGCAUCUCUGCCGAGGAGAACUUUGCUGUGGUUGCACACUUUUUGUUGCUUUACAAACUUGAUGGCUUACACUGACAUUUGGUAAAUUAGGCUUCAAGUGUUUCUCUACUUGAUCAGUAAAAUAUUGAAUAUAUUGAUUUAAGGGAAGUGUAUCAGAUUUAAAAUUAAAGAGCUAUACCUGUUAGACUGUAUUAUUAAACCAGACUUCAGUGGCGAAGAAGUUAUACAAGUGGAAGGUGAACACAACUCACCUGCUCUCAUGCCAAAAAGCUUUAGUUAGGAGAUGCACUUUUGUGAUUAAAGUAGAUUCAAGAUUUCAAGAUUGUUUUCCCUUCAACAGAUCCACUAUUUCAUUUAGCUGAGGUCACAGCUCUGCUGAAAAAAUCUCUUAUUUUUAGUAAAAAAAAAUGUUUGAAGGAAAGGUCCAAACUGAGCUUCUUAAAUGUCAGCUCCCUGAUCUGAGACCAGAUUUGUUCCCAGUGCCAGCCUGGUAUUGUAAAUAAUGUUCUCAUGAGUUGCCUAAAAAUAAAAUAAAAUUACUGUACAUCCA